AUGGGUUGGUUUUGGGCCGAUGCCACGCCUGCCGCUCCGGCGGUUUCGAAGCCUCUCAACCAUCCUCAGAGCGGCGGCGAUGCUGCCCCUCCUCCUGGAUGCCCUAUGCACAAUAAGAAGACCGUUGAUGCCUUCGCCUCCGCUGCUCCAACCGCCGCCGCCGCUCCUGCUCCCGCGCCGCCCGCUUCUGGAUGCCCCGUCCCGCACAGUAACCCUUCCGCAAAUGCGGCGUUAUCGUCAUGCCCGGUUCCUCACGGUAGCGCCCCUGAGACCACAGCCGAUAACCAACAGUCGUUUCUCUCCAAAUUGAAUCCCCUAAACUACAUGUUCCAUUCUAUCUCGCAGGAGAGAGCCCCGAACCAGACUCAUGCGCUCCCAACAUCCAGAGACGAAUCAUCCAUUCCCAAGGGUACUGGAGACGGAAACUGGGAGUACCCUUCCCCCCAGCAGAUGUACAAUGCUUUGCUGCGCAAGGGUUACACAGACACCGACGUGACGGCCGUCGAGAGCAUGGUUGCGGUUCACAACUUUCUCAACGAGGGUGCGUGGGGGGAGAUUGUGGAGUGGGAGCGCCGGUUCGGCAAGGGCUUGCUGCGCGGUUGGGAGGUCAGCAAGCGUGGGGAGGACAACGCCGACAUCGAACUGAGGCGCUUGGAGGCUCAGGAGGGCGGAUGGGAACAACCUACCCUGAUCAGGUUCCAGGGGAGGCCCAAGGAGAUGACGCCCAAGGCGGCUAUUCUGCAGAUGUUGGGACGGGUGUAUCCUUCCAAGUUUGGCACCGAGCCUCCCUUUGAUCGCCAUGAUUGGUUCGUUUCGCGCAAUGUGAACGGGCAGCAAAAGGAGGUCAGGUAUGUCAUUGACUUCUACUCGGGGCCACCAGAGCCGACAGGCGAGCCUGUCUUCUAUCUGGACGUUCGGCCUGCCGUAACCCCAACAGCAGCUGUGGAGCGCCUCAUGCGUUGGGGCGGUGACGUCUGGUGGAAGGCCUCCGGGUCCGAAGUUAGGGAAGAAAAGAAGAACGCGCGGUCGUAAUGCAUUGGCCGUACUCCUCUUGGAUAGAGCGUCCGGUCAGAGAUUGGCAGGUCGGAACUGGGUGUUACACUGGGCGGCGCAAAGGGGCAACGGAACAGGGUUCGUCAAUCUGUCUUCUUCCCUUUCGAGGUUUGCAUUGUUUCCACUCCCUUCUCUUGCAUGUACAAAACAUUGGUCUGUUGUUGUAUGAUAGAUAAUCACGUGUGUCACGACAAAUAUACUUUUUUGGCUACAGAUUUC